CCUUUCCUGGCAAAGUCUUGCGCGCGUGCGCUCCCGUGGUGCGCGCUCGCCGCGGUGCACGUCAUCCGCCCGUCGGAACUCGGGAACACGGUCGCGCCCGCGUGCCGUCUUGACUUACUGCCGCUGUCACAUCUGGUUCGUCGCGUCGAGUGGAUAGGAGCUCGUCGAUAAUAACCCCCCUGCGCACGCUUUGCUGGGCCAGCUGAUUUGCAUCCUCCACACUUUUGCGAGCGUGAAAUAGGUGAUUGGUUAGUCCUUUUGCAGGUGAUGUCGUCAUAUUCGUCUCUCCUCUCGUUGAGUCCCGCGGAUCUGGUCGGCGGCGCCGAGUUCAUGGUGAACGGCGAUGCCGACGACAUGGCCGCCGCCGCCUCCGUGUCCAGCUACCUCUCCUUUGACAACGAUGUCACCGAGGACUACUACCACCCGCCGGAGGUAGCGGCCUUCUUGGAUACGUUGCAAGCCGAUGCUGACUACUGCGUUAGUGGUAAAGCCGGAAGUAGCGGUGGUGAGGCCGGCAAGGAGAGCCAACCGGAUGCAUCAGUGCUCAGCUCAGUGAGCCUCGCUAACCACGACAACAUCAACGAGGGCUCGACUUGUGGCGACGGCUCGACGAGCCUCCUGAGUAGCAAGUGUGGCAAGAUCGCGUUCAAGACGAUGUCUCACGUGGACGUGCUGGACGAUGGGUACCGGUGGCGGAAGUACGGCAAGAAGAUGGUCAAGAACAGCCCAAACCCAAGGAACUACUACCGGUGCUCGAGAGAGGGGUGCCACGUGAAGAAGCGGGUGGAGCGGGAGCGGGACGAUGCGCGCUUCGUCAUCACCACCUACGACGGCGUCCACAACCACCCCGCCGCGCCGGCGCAGUCGCUGCAGGGCUAUCGCCUAGGAGAAGGGACCAUCCUCCGGCGCAGUGACAACUGACGACACAUCCAGGACGAAGAAUAGCAGAUAUGUUCUAGUUUUGGGCUAGGUUUUUUUUUUAUUCCAGUGGCCUGUGCUAAAUGUAAGGCAACUGGACUAUCAGUUUGCCGCAGCCGAGUUCUAUUACUUUCUCCGAUGAUGGUUUAUAUUAUUUUUCAACCAUUCUUACGA